GAAGGGGAGGAGUAGGGGAGGGCAGGCUGGAGGAGGGUGCGAGUGGCCGAACGCGGAUUUGCAUUGCCGAGGACAGGACCCCGGGGCACCGGAGCAGACAUUUGGAUUGGUUCCUAUGCUUUGCUAUUGCAAAGAGUGCUGCUUUGGAGACUUUUUCCAUGUGUCUUGGCACACAUAUGCAGGAGUUCUUCUAUGUGAAUAAUGGCAGACAUGCAGGGGCUGCUGGAAAGAAUGGAGCGAGCUGUCAGCCGACUGGAGUCACUGUCUACAGAGUCACACAGGCCUCCUAGGGACUGUGGGGAAGUUAACGGUGUCAAUGGAGGUGUGGCACCCUCCGUGGAAGCCUUUGAUAAGCUGAUGAACAGCAUGGUGGCCGAGUUUCUAAAGAACAGUAGGAUCCUUGCUGGGGACGUGGAGACUCACGCGGAAAUGGUGCACAGCGCUUUCCAGGCCCAGCGGGCUUUCCUUCUGAUGGCCUCUCAGUACCAACAACCUCAAGAGAAUGACGUGGCUGCACUUCUGAAACCUAUAUCGGAAAAGAUUCAGGAAAUCCAAACUUUCAGAGAGAGAAACCGGGGGAGUAACAUGUUUAAUCAUCUUUCGGCUGUCAGUGAGAGCAUCCCUGCUCUUGGAUGGAUAGCUGUGUCCCCCAAACCUGGUCCUUAUGUCAAGGAGAUGAAUGAUGCUGCCACCUUUUACACAAACAGGGUCUUAAAGGACUACAAACACAGUGAUUUACGCCAUGUGGAUUGGGUGAAGUCAUAUUUGAACAUUUGGAGUGAGCUUCAAGCAUACAUCAAGGAACAUCACGCCACAGGCCUUACUUGGAGCAAAACAGUCCUCCUGAGCAGACUGAUGGUGCACAGGUGUGCCCUCUGGGGUCCCUCGGGUCCUGUCGCAUCCACGGCGUCAGUGUUUUCUGUCCUCUCGUCUGGGCCUGGCCUUCCUCCACCCCCUCCUCCUCCGCCUCCUCCAGGGCCACCUCCACUUUUUGAAAAUGAAGGUGGAAAAGAGGAGUCCUCUCCUUCACGCUCAGCUUUAUUUGCCCAGCUUAACCAGGGAGAAGCAAUUACAAAAGGGCUCCGGCAUGUCACAGAUGACCAAAAGACAUACAAGAACCCCAGCCUGCGGGCUCAAGGAGCACAAACUCGAUCUCCCACCAAAAGCCACACUGCAGGCCCCACGUCUCCCAAAGCUCAUUCUCCACAGAAGCACGCUCCGGUGUUCGAGUUGGAAGGAAAGAAAUGGAGAGUGGAGUACCAAGAGGACAGGAAUGACCUUGUGAUUUCAGAGACUGAACUGAAACAAGUGGCUUACAUUUUCAAAUGUGACAAAUCAACGCUCCAGAUGAAAGGGAAAAUAAAUUCCAUUACAAUUGACAACUGUAAGAAGUUUGGCCUUGUGUUUGACAAUGUGGUAGGCAUUGUAGAAGUGAUCAACUCUAAGGACAUUCAGAUCCAGGUAAUGGGGAGAGUGCCGACAAUUUCCAUUAAUAAGACAGAAGGUUGCCACAUAUAUCUCAGUGAAGACGCCUUAGACUGUGAGAUUGUGAGUGCCAAGUCCUCUGAAAUGAAUAUACUUAUCCCACAGGAUGAUGAUUAUAGAGAAUUUCCUGUUCCUGAACAGUUCAAGACAGCAUGGGAUGGAUCUAAGUUGGUCACUGAACCUGCAGAAAUCAUGGGCUAACUUCCAGAGAGACCGAACCCCCUCACCUGAAACCCCCUAUCAAGCAAAUAAGCAACACAAAACAAAAAGCAGCAUUAAAGAGCUAGAAGUUGCAGUAGUGCCUACUGCUUUAGAUUUGGCCUCCAACAAUUCUGUUCUAUAGAAGCAGCAUUGUUUCUGGCAGCCUUCGUGGGCAUUUUGUAAUAUGUACAUUUCUUCAUUAUUUGCUUUUGUGUGUGAUUUUAGUUCCACAUGAUGACUUGUGAGCAUUACAGAUUUAAAGGGAAAAAGAAAAACAAAUUCUGUUCCCCUGCUAUCAUUAACACAGUUACUGAUGGGUAAAAAUAAUGCAUGAUUCACUUUUGCCUUUAUGUUUAAUUGCUAGUUGAAAUACAACCUGAGAAUCUAAGAUGUACAUUUCACCUUUUAGAAAAUUCCAAGAUGUUGUAGUACUAGUGUGCCCUGAAAAAUGUAUUAUUUUUUUUCUUAUUUUUACCACAUGUUCAUCUUUUAUCCAUGAGAAUGCAUUUCAACCCACAUUUUUUAAAAACAUAAGAAAAUUCCAUAUUAAGGACCAAAUUCAGUUUCUUGGUCCUUGGAAGACCUAUAUUCUUUACUGCUACUAAAAAUGAAAAGAAAAUUUUAACUAUUUAUCUUAAAUAUUUUUCCACCCUGUCAUUUGAAAACUUACUUUUUUCUGCAUAGAGAUUUUUAGGCUUGGUGGGAGGAAGCGGUUUUUCUGCCACGUAAUACCUCGUAAGUUUGCCCUUUAUCAGCUCAAUUUUCAUUUUCCAGUUCUGAACCUGUUAAAUAUCAGAUGCCUUGUAAAUGAUGUCUUUAAUGUCUUAGCAUAGACUAACUUCUUCUUUUCCACUUGCCAGACUUGCUAACCAGUCUCAAAAACACAUGAAAAAGCCAUAGAUGUAUUACUUCUUCCAAAACCUAAGGAAUCGUUUGUUGGUUUGGCUUGCUGCUCCUAUUUUGUAGUCUUGACAGUACAUGCUUUUCAACAUAAGAACGACUACGAUAUUCCUUUGUAUCUUUUCAGUAUGUAGUGCUGAAAAAUCUGCAACUUCUUGGAUUGCAUUUAAUGAAUUAUAGUAUAAUGCUUGCAGACUAAAUACAAGCAUAUAUAUUGUGCCUCUUACAGCCUUUGGAAUAUACAUUAUUUCCGUUUUUUAAAUAUCUUCUAUAUCCAGAUGGUAUUCAGAUUACUAAUGUUCAUGUACCAAGGUUUUGCUAUAAAAGUUUUGUCCAUAUGAAUAAUGUUGUGGCUUUAGUAAAUGUCAUUUUUCAACUGUAAACUUACUCUGAAAUAAAGUAAAAUCUAAUUGUUUAAA